CAAAGCGCGUUCCGUUUUCGCGAACAAGUUUGUUUUAUUUACCCCCUGGUUGCUGACAGCGGAUAAGUGCCGCCACAUCGCUCGGAUUAAAAUCAAAGUCGGGAUCAACUAGCAAGUGACCGGUGCGCCCGCGCAGCGCCUCCGCCCGCGCCCGCGCCGCGCCGCUGCGCCGCGCCGCCAUACCUAGUCCGCGAGCCGCGAGACACGGACGCGCGGCCCUCCAAAAGUGUUUCGAUAUCAAAGUGUUGUAACUUCCAAACCAUCAUACCAUACGCAAUACUCUUUCCACCCAGUGACUUCAACCGAAAAACUAAUUCCUCGGUACAACAAUUUCACUCACAAACCGACUAUCGAGUGAGCGGUUAAGGCUACAUUCCAAACCGGUGUCGUUCAAGUGUGUUACUACUGUGUGUGUGUUGUUACUUAGAAGUGACUGGUUUAGUGGUUUAAUGCAGCCCCGCGCUGCGAACUAGAUACGAGUAAAUAAACAAAUAAUAAAGCUGCGCCCCACGCGAGACAUAAUGUAAAGUUUCCCGAACUUAAAGCUCCUAAGUUUGACUUUAAAGUUAAAAUGGCUCGCGGUGCGCUUAGUGAAAAUGAACGCCAUUGCUUGGAUGCAAACGCGAAAAGCCAAGAGCGGCUACAGGAAACGGAAACUAAUAAAACUAAUGGGCUUAGAGUUCGCUUUCUGGACGAAGAAGGAAAGACGGAGAGAACCGUCAGUACUGACGUAGUCGACUGUGCUGUUUCGAGAGUCAAAAAAAUUCACAUUCUAAAGAACAGAAGCUCUAGUGAAACUAGCAUUCUUUUACGAAACCCGUCCCUCAUUAAACGGCGUUUGAGUUCUGAACGCCGGUACAGCGAUGGACACACCGACUCCCUAAAUAACAAUUCACUCAGCGAGAAUCUCAAUGGAAAACAUAACGAUUGCGGAAGUUCAAACAAGACUGAGCAAGGAACGGACCAAACCAAAGACAGCCAGAGCUUUAAGAAGAACUGUAACGUGUACAGCGUGCACCAGGCGAAGACGUUGACGCCAGAGAGGAAGAGAUCACACCAGUUGACGAUUCCAAGAUUGAUUGCGCAUAAAGAACACGAUCAAAUCAAAUCUAUUCUGCCGGCAGAAGUUUGUUUGGCUGACGGUGCUUCUGGGAAGGACUUCACCGCUCGUGCGAUCGGGAGGCUCUCCCGAGGCUUGGGGCGUCUACUGCGUCGCACCAACAGUGUCCGAAUCAGCGAACCUGAUCCAAUGUACAAAGUGGCGUAUCUAGGCAACGUGCUCACCGGCUGGGCCAGAGGUGAGAGCUGCAUAGAGAAACCGCUCGCGACCCUGUGGAGGAACUACCAGCAGUCCACGAAACCUGACGUGGUGAUGAAGCUGUCCGUCACCAACUCCGGCCUCAAGGGUUUCACCAAAGAACACGGUCUCACCGAGUACUGGUCCCAUCGCAUCACGUACUGCGCGUCCCCGCCCCACUACCCCAAGCUGUUCUGCUGGGUGUACCGCCACGAGGGCAAGAAGCUCAAACACGAACUGCGCUGCCACGCCGUUCUCUGCACCAAAGAAUCCAUAUCAAAGAAAAUCACCGAGGAACUACAGUUCAAGCUCAAACAGGCACUAGUCGAAUUCAAAAAGGAUAGAAUCUCCAAACAGAACGCGAGGCUCAGCCUCGCCAACAGCGUCUACGACAACCCCAGCAUGCCGCGCAGGAAAAUACUUCUGAGCGUCGGAGCGACGAACUACCGACCGCCGCUAGAAAGAUCAAAGUCAGCUCCUAAACUCGGUGCCAUCGAAGAACUCUGCUCAGAAGAAGACGAAGAGGAAGCGGAAAUGAACGCGAAAAAGGAGCGAUGCCAAUUCACAGCGGAACUUUCCACGUCACAAACUCUAGACAGGCGGCGAUUCGAAACGAUGUCACCCCGCAAGCUAUCAUGCCCCGAAGGAGUGAUGGACAGGAUGCUGCUAGAGUCCGAGAAAAACAAGGCAGAAGCGACCGAGAAGUUAAUCAACCUACUCGUCCAAGAGAGCAAACUAAAGGCGGAAAUCGAACGCCAAAAUGAAACUAGUCAAGAAGGUAUCGAGAAACUGGAAUCGAGAUUAAAAACGCUCGAGUCGAUCGAGGAGGCCGUCGAAUUGAACGACAGUUUGAGCGCGAUCUGCGAUAGGAAAUUGUUAUCUCAAAGUAACUACCUCGUCACGGACAGUGAUGAUGGGUCUGUUUCUUCCGGCUGCGAGACGGCGAGCACGGUCACCUCGAGCGACGCCGAGCCGUCGUCGCUUCCUUCGCAGUUCUGCCACGAGGAGCAUAAGGAGUUGGACAGCGACGAAGAGCGGGUGCCAAUGUUCGGGAGGAUGCGCAAUUUCGAGAGCGCGUCACUGAGGAAUGGGAGUAGAUGUUAUACGAAUUCCAUUCGUACCCUCAGCAGUGAUUCAAAUAGCACGGUAACUUCCGACGAAGUCAUCCAUGUUCCGAUCGGGGAGAAGAACACUUUCCGUCGGCGCUCAACAUACCCUCCCCUAACAACUGACUCCAGUAUACUGGAAUCUAAAUUUGAGAAUCUCAUUGACAAUCUGACAGAUGUCGAUAGUUUAAACUCUAGCACGGAGACUGAAGUUUUUAAAAACUCUGGCGAUAACGACAGCGCCUGCAGCGAUGAAUCUGGUUAUUCUGAACUUUUAGAUGGCAAAGAAAGUAUUAUUGGCAACACUAUUAUGGUCUAAUCUAAUAAUUAAGAGGAGUUUAUUACGUUAUGCGAUUUGCACAAACGUAGUUUGGCUUUCAUUUGGAUAAAAAAUAUUCAGUUUCAAAGUUACCGUCUCAAGAAUUUAUACAAAUGUUUAGUGCCCGUGUAACUUUACAACUAGUUUUUACGGAAAUCUUGUAAACCACAGACAUAGAUUGCUAAAUGAGAAACAAACUAUAUUUGUGUGGAGAGAGUCACGGAGAGACUUUCGUUAAUUGAGAAAGAAUAUGUCUGAAAAUGCCACAGCAAUGCACGGUACCGCUAACUUUUAGGGUGGGUUCAGACGUUCAAUAAAUAUCACAAUAAGUAUAUUGAUAGGAUCACGAAUAGGUUAUAGUUCUUGCAUUUAAUGAGUGCGCGUGGCUCAUGCUUAUGUUUAAGUUGUAUCGGUAUAUGUAAAGUAAAUGUGUGCAUUUACGAGCGAUUGCUCGCGACUGAUUGGCCCGAAAGACACACACACAAGCACACACUGCAAGGCAUCGUCAAGGCCUGCAUCCGUACGUUAUUGAAAUUCCUCGGACACGUACGAAGCGAUUUGCUUUCUCGUUUCUAAUC